UCCACUUUAAACUCGUUGCGUACAUCUCCUUAUUCUCUAUUCUCUCUUAUUCUCUCUCUUUCUCCCUCCCUAUUCUAACCCUAUUCUCUUCCCUGUUCCUCUUUUGUUUGGAUCGUAAGAAGUAGAAGAAGAAGAGGAGGAGAUUGGUGUUUCGUUGGCUUCGGAUCGAUCAUUGACAGGAUCGGAAGAAGAGGAAGGAGAAGAGAUUUCUGUUCAAUGUUUGCAAAUCCUGGAAAAGACUCCUUUUCCCAUGAUUUGUUGAGUGCAAGAGAUCAAACACAGCAAAGCCAGAAAGGACAUAGGAUUUCUAAAGACAAUUCCAAUAGUAAGCAAAGCAGAGGUCAUCAACAUGACAAAGAAGCAGAGCUUUGAAGAGCUGUUUUCCAUAUUAGGGGUUGACAUUCAUUCUGAUAACUCCCAUAUACACGAAAAGAAGAAAGACAUUCAGAAGAACGUGGAGAAAAUAUUGAAGCUAAUAGAAGAGGGCAACGAAGCAAAAUCUGAGGCAGUUUCCCUCAUAAAGGAUUUUCACAAGGGCUACGAAGAUCUCUAUGACCAGUAUGGGCAGCUGAUUGAGGGCCUAAAGAAAGAAGGUAAUGUGAGCUUAUCGAAUCAGGUGAAAGAAGAUGAGGCAAUCAUAUUUCACCUGACUAUCAACAUUAAAGAGCUAAUAAAGCUGUUAGAAGCUAAAGAAGAAGAAGUUCGUUCAUUGAAUUCCCAGUUUGAGGAAGAAGGACAAAAAUUAGUGAUGAAACUAACAGACUUGCAGAUUGAACAGUCUGAGUUGUUGGCUGAGUAUAACCAAUUGAAGCACGAACUGGAUACUGAAAGAAGGGAUGCUUCAGAUAUUAAACAGAAACUCGAAGCAGCAAAAGGCGAAAAUUUGAAGAAUAUUGACGAGUUAAAUGAGGCCAAUAGUACAGUGAAAAAACUAGAAAACAAACUGAAACAGUUGAGAGAUGAAAAUUCAAUACUAAACCAGAGUAAGAUCAAGCUAGAGGAGGCUGAGAAGAUUGCUGAUUCGUGCAAGGCUGAAAUACAACAGCUAAGGGAUGCAAAUACUAAGUUGCAGGUUGACCUUGGUGCUGCAAUACAGAAACAGGAAACAGCGAUUUCCCACUUGGAUGAUCUGAAAAAGGAAAACAUGGAAUUACGUGAAGGGAAAAAUAUGAGUGCCUCAGAAUUAUCAUCGGCAGACACUAAAAUAAGGAACCUUGAGGGUGAAUUAGAGCAAAUGAGAAAGGAGGCUUCUACACUGCAGCAAUCAGAGAAAGACUUGUACAGAAAAAAUUCUGAUUUAGAAAGCAGAUUGAAAGCUACCCAGGAGAAACUUGAUGAAAACACUAUGCAUGCAAACAAACUCCAAAAAGAGCCGCACUUCCAGUCUACCCAGAAGAGUGAAGUAGAAGAAGAGGUGAAAAAACUUGAACAGAGGUGCUUGGAGUACAAGCUUCUGAUGAAAAACUUGGAGGAAACGCUAGCAAGCAAAAUCUUGGCUCAAGAAACUCGGCUAUCAUACCUUAAAUGCUGCAUCGGUGAGCUUGGUAUGAACUAUAAGCAACAAAAAGAUGUGUUGAAAGAGAUUUUUGUGAAGAUUCAAACUCUGAAGCUAGAGAAGGACUUCAAGGACCAUGCUGAAAAACUUAAGCUGGAAACUGUGGUGUUCUCUUCAGAGAAUGAGCAGUUGUCAUCUGAAAAUAGGAACUUAAAUCUUAUACUGGGAACUGCAAAAGAAGAGAAAGGGAGCUUAAAAUCAGAGAUCAUGACCCCUGCAAUUGGGCUUCGAGAAGAUGAAAGCACCAUAAAUAUCCCAUCAAUUGAUUCCAAACAUCUAAAAGAGCAAACAAAAGCAGAAGAUAAAGCUUAUUCUUUAGAUUCCCCAGAAGAGGACAAAGUAGGAAAAUUAUACGAGCUUUACGAGCAAAUAAAGGUAGAGUGCAUGAAGUUGAGGGCUGAACAUGAAAUACUGCUGAAAAAACUAGAAGACAGAGAAAAGAAACUUUCCCUGAUAAAAUGUACUCUGGAUGCAACAGAAUGCGAAAAUUCAGAGUAUAUAGAAAAGUUAAAGAAGGCUGAGAUUACUGUGAAAGAACAAGAAAAAAAACUGAAACAGUUGAGGGAUGAGAAUUCAGUACUAAAACAGAGUAAGAUCAAGCGAAAGGGGGCUGAGAAGAUUGCUGAUUCAGGCCAGGCGGAACAGUUGUCAUCUGAAAAUGAAAGAUUAAAUCUUAAGCUGAAAGCUGCAGAAGGAGAGAAAACGGGCCUGUAUUUAGAUAUUGUGAUCUCAGAAGAAAAGCUGCGUGAAGCUGAAAGCGCCAAAAAAAACCUGAUGAUCGAAUCUGAGCAGCUAAAAGAGCAAUUAAAAGCAAAAGAGGAUGAGAACAUGGAAUUGUUGGCUAAGUGCGAGAAACUGCAGCGUGGACUAGAAGCUAAAGAGAAAGAUGCUUCAAACCUGGAAGCAACAAAAGGUGAAGAUUCAAAGAUUGUUGACGAGUUAAAGAAGGAGAACAGUACACUGAGAGAGCUAGAAAAGAAACUGAAACAGUUGAGAGAUGAAAAUUCAGUACUGGGCCAGAUUAAGAUCAACCUAAAGGAGGAUGAUCUCCUGUCCACCCAAAAGAGUAAAGCAGAAGAAGAGGUAAGAAAGCUAGAGAAGCGCAGCAAGGAACUGGCACAAAAACUUGAACUUUGUGAAACAGAGAACGCUGGUGCACGUAAAGAGAUUGCAAAGCUAUGCGGCGAGUGUCGAAGGUUCAAGUCCCACCUCCUCCGGAGAAACCAAACGCUUACUCGGAUAGAAAAAGAUUUGCAGUCUCUGCGGCAACAAAGUGAUCAAGAUUGUGAAAGGUUAUCUUCGUUGGAUGCCCAGCACAGUCAACGGAAAGGGGAUGCAGAGAAUGAGAAAAACGAACAGGAACGAGGAAGUUAGAUUGAAAGCUGCCAUUUCCUCAACGAUUAUGAAGAGGAGGCAGAGCUUAAGAGGAGGGUUAAAUAGAAAGAAGAGGAAAUGGUAGCUAGAAAUGAGAAGGAAAGAGAGGCAAUAAGCCAAAAGUGCUUCUUGUUUGAGCACCAGCGUGAAAUUUGCAAUCACCUGCAUAAGCACUUCUCUGAAACUGUUGAAAGAAUCACGCAUUCGUAAAUCACUCGCUGGUGGUGCCUAUCCUUUUCUCACUUUAAUUUUGGCUACUAAGAGGGGGAUAGGAUCUAAAACUGACGUACAACGAGGAACUUCCGAGUCUGCAAGGCAUCCAAAUGGUUUGAGACUUUUCUUCUUUGCAAGGUUAGUUCAUUCGUGCUCUUCCAAUCUUCCUUCCUCCGAAAUUUGAUUGCGUUCAUUUUCUAUCCGGAUCUCUCUCUCUCUCUCUCUCUCUCUCUCUCUCUCUCUCUCUCUAUUUGCGCGUUCUUUAGCCCCGAGUCUUUGAAUGGCUAUAUGUGUAAGUGCUCGUGAAUUCGUUAUUCGCUUGCUGACUUAAGUCGUGAUUGUCUUGUUUCAUUUUUUUAAUGUCAUUGAUGGUUAGGCGCAAGUAACAUUUGCCUGCGUCGAACAAGCACGCCUGGUAAUAAUCCACGUCGGUUUGAGUGGUUGUGGGAGUUAUAAUUCUGUCUCGGCCCAUUGGUUUUUUUUUGAGAGAUAGAUACUACCCGUUUUGUUUAUUUUAUUUAGAAAUAAAUUUAGCUGGAAAUAUAAAUCAACUAGGAUUCGAACUUGGGACCUCAGGUACCAACCACCAAGCUCUUUGGCAUUUGCUCUAGGGGCGGUCAGUCGUUUUGGCCCAUUGU